GAGCAGCUGCAGAGGCAGAGACAGCCAGAUCCGCGGACGGGCUCCUGGUGGGAAAGUCACCAACGCAGCGUUUGAAUUGUGAUCUGACGGCCACUCUUCCCCACGUCUCACUCUUUGUGCUGAUUGUAAUUUUUUUUUUUAAUUUUCACGCAUGCGUGGGAUUGUAUUUCUCAAAUCUCCCGAACUGAAAUGACUGCUGCCCUCCGCGUCUAGCCGAUGCUUCCCGCGGGGGCUCCUGUCCUGUGGAUUAUCCGUCGUCGCCGAGCCAAUCGCAGGGUCGAGCCCGGUGGAGGCCCCGCUCCGCCGGGUGGAUGUGUGUGAGGCAGCGCCGGACUCCCAGUACUGAUGAAGACGCUGAUAGUGAUGAUGCUCGGGUUUCAUCGGCAGCGGGCGAACUGAUCUUGGAUGUUUGGGCUAUUUAGCCCCGCACACAAACCAUUUCCUCACACGGCAAAAGAUUCUUAUUCUUAAAAACUGGACCCCCCUGGAGCGGUAUAUGACGACCCUGGUAGGAGCGUGAUGAGCGCGCGCUUCCGCUUGCCUGCUGGCAGAUCCUACAAUGUCCGGGCGACGGAGCUGGAGCGAGACAGGCAGCACACACAGGUUGUGUGCAACGUACUGCUGCUGGACAACACGGUCCAGGCAUUCAAAGUCAGCAAGUCGGAUCAUGGCCAGGUGCUGCUGGACGCCGUCUUUAAGCACCUGGAGUUGACCGAGAGAGACUACUUUGGCCUGCACUUGGCUGACGACUCCUCAGACGCACCACGCUGGCUGGAUCCCAAUAAGCCCAUCAGGAAACAGUUAAAAAGAGGGUCUCCCCACAAUUUGAGCUUCAGAGUGAAAUUCUUUGUGACGGACCCGAGUAAACUUCAGGAAGAAUACACACGGUACCAAUAUUUUCUUCAGAUCAAACAGGACAUACUAACUGGAAGAUUGCCCUGUCCUCAUAACACAGCAGCACUGCUGGCAUCCUAUGCUGUACAAUCCGAGUUGGGGGACUACAGUGAAUCAGAGCAUAGUUCAGGCUAUCUUUCCGAGUACUGCUUCAUCCCGAGCCCCCCGCAAGACUUCCACAAAGAGGUCGCCAAACAUCACCAGCAGCACAGUGGUCUAUCUCCUGCCCAGUCAGAGUUUAAUUAUCUGAACACAGCACGAUCGCUGGAGCUCUACGGGGUAGAGCUGCACUAUGCAAGGGACCAGAGUAACACAGAGAUCCUCAUUGGGGUGAUGUCCGCCGGCAUUGUGAUUUACAAGAACAGGGUACGGAUCAACUACUUCCCAUGGUUGAAAAUAGUGAAAAUCUCUUUCAAGUGCAAACAGUUCUUCAUCCAGCUGAGAAAAGAGGUGACUGAGACCCGGGACACGCUGCUGGGUUUCAACAUGGUCAACUACCGGGCCUGUAAGAACCUGUGGAAGGCCUGCGUGGAGCACCACACCUUCUUCAGGCUGGAGCGGCCCAUCCCGCCCCAGAAGAACUUCUUCGCUCACUACUUCACCCUGGGCUCAAAGUUCAGAUACUGUGGGCGAACAGAGGUGCAAUCGGUGCAGUAUGGAAAGGAGAAAGGCAUCAAGGACAGAGUAUUUGCCAGAUCUCCCAGCAAGCCACUGGCCCGGAAGCUGGUGGGCGGGACGGACUGGGAGUCGGUCAGCAGGAACAGCCUAUCAGACGAGAGGCUGGAGACGCAGAGCCUGCCCACACGCUCGCCACCGGGCACGCCCAAUCAGACCUCGAUGUUUGUGCAGGAGGGCACGCGGCUACGCCCGUCGUCGGUGGGCCACCUGGUCGACCACGUGAUCCACGCUUCCCCGAGCCUCCCGGUCUUCUCCUCCAAUCACAAGUCGGCGUCGUCCACACAGGCCAACAGCAUCAGCCUGGACUCCACGCCGUCUCCAGAUGGGUUGGACGGCCAGCCUCCAGCUCUGCCCCCCAAACAGCUGAGCAGAAAGACGCUGAGCCAGAUCAUCCAGGCUCACUCCCAGCAGAGCCUCCUGGACAACCACCUCAACGAGAUGUACGACGUCCCCGUCAAUGCGGACAAGAGCACGUUAAAUGGAGUCGUCCCUCAUGAUAAUCUGGUCCUGAUCAAGAUGAGGCCCGAUGAACACGGACGAUUUGGCUUCAAUGUCAAGGGAGGAGCGGACCAGAAAAUGCCUAUCAUUGUGUCCCGGGUGGCUCCAGGAACAUCAGCUGACCUGUGUGUGCCUCGCCUGAACGAGGGUGACCAGGUGGUCCUGAUUAAUGGGCGGGACAUCUCUGACCACACCCACGAUCAGGUGGUCAUGUUCAUCAAGGCCAGCUGUGAGAGCCACUCCGGGGAGCUCAUCCUAUUGGUCAGACCAAACGCCAUCUACGACGUGGUGGAGGAGAAGGCGGACUCCGAGCCGGACUUCCAGUACAUCCCCGAGAAGUCGCCGCAGGACCCCACCCAGCUCGACCAGCACGCUUUGAGGGACUCCAUGGUGACUCUGAAGGAAGGCCUGAGCAGCGGAGCCAUACUGGCACAGUUCGACCAACUGUACAGGAAGAGGCCGGGGAUGACCAUGCUGUGUGCCAAAUUACCUCAGAACGUUUCCAAAAAUCGCUACAGAGACAUCUCUCCCUACGACGCCACGCGGGUCAUUCUGAAAAGCACAGAUGACUACAUCAAUGCAAAUUACAUCAACAUGGAGAUUCCAGCUUCCAGUCUGAUAAACCGCUACAUUGCGUGCCAGGGCCCGCUGCCCAACACCUGCCACGACUUCUGGCAAAUGACCUGGGAGCAGGGCUCGUCCAUGGUGGUCAUGCUGACCACGCAGGUCGAGAGGGGGCGGGUGAAGUGUCAUCAGUACUGGCCCAGCCCAGACAGCAGCGCCACCUACGGAGAGUUCACAGUCACGUGCCACAACGAAGAGGGCAGCUCUGCUUUCCUGGUCCGGGAGAUGACUCUCCUGCACACAUCGAGUGAGCAGCAGCGGGAGCUCACUCAGAUUCAGUACCUGGCUUGGCCGGACCACGGCGUUCCCGAUGACUCCACGGACUUCCUGGACUUCGUGGCCCUGGUGCGGACCAAGCGGGCUGGACAAGACCAUCCCAUGGUGGUGCACUGCAGCGCGGGGAUCGGCCGGACGGGAGUUCUGAUCACGAUGGAAACAGCGUUGUGUCUAAUGGAGUGCGGUCAGCCGGUGUUUCCUCUGGAUAUCGUCCGAACCAUGAGAGAUCAGCGGGCCAUGAUGAUCCAAACGCCCAGUCAGUACCGCUUCGUGUGCGAGGCCAUCCUGAAGGUUUACGAGGAAGGCCUGGUCAAACCGCUGAAGACGGCCAUCUACCAGCAGAGAGACAAGGUGAGCGACGACAGGGAGGAGAAGAAGGAGCAGAAGGCGGGAGAGGAGAGAGAGGAGGCGGCGGCGGUGAGCGCAGAGGACGGGGAGGCGGCGGUGGCGGCGGCGGCGGGAGCAGCAGAGCUGCUGGAAGGAGGACUGGACGAAGAGGACGACGACGACGAGGAAGUGGAGGUGCUGGAUGUGGGAGAAGUGACUGAGGAGGGGGAGGAGGAGGAAGACGAGGAAGAGGAAGAGGAGGUGGAGGAACCGAGCGUCGCAAGCGCCACCAGCGUGACGAGUGAGACCAGCGCCAACCCGGACCCGGACCCGGACCCCGACCCCGCUAACCCGUGACACUUGACCCCGGGCCGGGGUCGCCGGACAGAGGGCCAGCAGGCCGGAGGAAAGAACAAAAGCACUUUUGCACUUUAUGCUGACGAAAAAAAACAAACAAACAGGAAAAAAAAAUGAAUAAAAGACAAAACAAACGUGAAAACCUUGGACAAGAUGGAAUUUAAAGAAAAUAAACCCAGCUGUGUUGAAUAGGUACCAUUAGGGGAUGUUGUUUGAUCAGGGUAAAGAAAAAAAGUAUACAAAGAGUUAAAGGUUACAAGUACGAGAAAACAAACGGUGGAUGGGGAAUCGCUGUAGUGCCAUAAGUACGAAGGGGAAGGGCUGCCCCCCGCGGAUGGAAAGCUCCCCCCACCCCUCUUUUUUAGCCCCUAAGGGUCGCCCUGUCCCCUUCAGAGCGAGUCUGCCAGACAGACCUGCCUUUUUUUUUUUUUUUUUUUAGUGUCCUUUUAGCUGAUAAAGAGAUAUACCUUAUCUUUUGUUCCUCAGAAAGAGUAUUUAUUGUGUUUUAGUUUGUGUCCCUGUCCACUGAACAAAAAAAAAAAGACAAAGUUGUACGUUUUGUUUGUAUGAGUCUAGAGCUUCAUGCUUUCCUGAUUAAAACUUAGGUAGUCAAGUAGUGUGAUUCCUCUUCUUCUAACUUGCUUCUUUAUUUCUUUUUGAUUUUCAUGAGGGAGUGGGGGUGGGACCCGGUGAUUUCAUUAAUUUAUUGUGCUUGAGUUUUUGAUCUUACUCAACUAUCCUGUCCAUGUUUUGUUUUUUUAUUUUAUUUUUUCCCCCCUUCCUUUCUGUGCAGGCAGCUGUGAGCACGCUGCAUUUCAGUGCUGCAGCGAGUCGGCCUCCUGCUUUGUGCUGCGUUUUUCAAGCUUGGCGGCAUUGUAAAACAUUGGUUAAUGUUACUCAGUGCCAGUAUUUACCAGAGGAAGCAUCUCUGGCGUUGUCAAACCUGGUGGCAAAAUUUGUUCUUUCUUUUUUUCCCGGCAUAAAUUAUCUUAACAUGGAUUCGCCACAGCGAGAUGCCAGCGUGGGGCUUUUAUAACACCAAAAUGACUGAUCCAGAUUGAUGCGUCUGUAAUAAGAUGAAAUUUUUGAGGUGAAGUUGUGCAGAUUUGUACGCGCGCAUCAAAAUAUGUGUGGGUGAAUACGUUUGCAUGCGUGCAGCGUGUUUGUUGUGGGUGUAGCUAGACGGUGCGUACCUAUAAGGACCUGUAAACGUCUCGGAAAGGCCUCAGUCAUGGCUUUGAGUUUUCUGCUAUAGCAAGAGUCACCUGUAAUUCCCUCAGUUUGACUGGCAGGCUCACGUUUGUUGGGUUGUGCUUGUUGAUUUCACCCUAAACAUAUAGGAAGGGGAAAUAAGCUAUUUGCAAACGUAAGCCUACAAGUCCAAACUGAGGGGAAAGACAGCCCAAGCUGUUGUUGGCUAUGAAGACAGAUUUUUACCCGUCCUUGUUGGCACACACAUAUUUCAAUACACACACACACUGAAGGGUUUGCACACAUGCAAAUUGUAUUAAACGUACAGGGAUGUAGUUGUGUGUUUUGGCUACAUCUGGACCCUUUAAUGAGGGAUUCAAACCUUGUAAUCUGUAUGUAGAAAUGUCAUCAGAGACACACAGCUGUCUAUGUGCUCCGUUCUCAAUCGAACAACCCUCCAAACACAGCUGAGUUCCAUUCAUUGUCCUCUCCGAGCCUGCUGAAGUGUCCUUGAGCCAAACACAGACAGCAGAAGCAGCAUUUUUUUUUUUUUUGAGAUCCAAGAAGGACCUCGAGCUGAUUUAUCUAUCCCACCUUAUGCAACCCGACAUUUCUUGCUUUCUUUGCACAGGUCAGUCAGUAGAAAGGAGAGGAGCAGGGUUCAGAAUCACACACACGUACUGUACAGCGUCAGGAUCCAGAAGAGUUCACAAGCGGUGGAAAGUUGCUGGAAGUUUUAUGCAAUCACUAUUUAUUAGAUUUUUUUUUUUUUUUUUUUUUUUUUUUUUUUUGACUAAAUGGGCGAACACAUCUCAUGAAUGGGCGAGCUACCCGGGUACCUGCUUCACACAUCAUGUGAGCCAGAGGGAAUAAGCAGGAUUUUAUUCCUUCAGUCUGCAUUGAAGCUUCAAAACCAGGCUGGCUCAAAGGCACAGCACAAACAAAACUUUCACAAUCUGUAUUUCCGUUUUUAUUUCAGUCCCUCUUUCCCCAAAUGUACGUCACCAUUUGAAGGCACUUUUUUUUUUUUUCUUCUAAUGUCAGGAUGACAUUUUGAGUGAGACUAAAUGAUGUGUUUAUUUCACAAAUCCCCACUAUCACGUUCCUUAUUGAAUCUCUUUGUUCCUCUCCCUCUUCUGUCAGUACAGGUGAAAUUGUAUUUUUUUUUUUUAUGGCAGUAUGGAAGUGUGGCAAACGGAGUCUUUUUUUUUUUUUUUUUUUUUAGAUAUUUUUCUUACCUGUGAUGGAUUCUGCUGGAAAAACCUACUGCUGUGUGUGUGUGUGUGCGUGCGUGUCUCUCCUGCUCUUCUGUCAUUUCUAACAUGAACUUUGUUAGCUGUCUGGUCUACGCCUGCUUGUCUGUUUCAACUGGAAAUGAAAGGUUGUGCCAUAAAUCUUCUCAUCUGAUC